AUGUCUAUUGAACAAUUCAUUCAACAAGCCGACCUGCCCCGGCUGGGCUCCGGUGUGGCAUUGCUGUUCCUGGCUGCCUUCUACUCGCCGGUGAUGCUGUUGGUGCUGUCGCCCGUCUAUGGCGCUCUGCCGUCGCACAUCUUCCACAGCUAUGCCGUCGGAGUCUUUGGUAUUGCCGGAUGGUUCAUCAAAGAUCACAUUAUGAAACGAUUCGGUCGUGUCGCUGCCUACAUGCUUCCUGUGCUGGCUUUCUGGACCCCAACUCUGCAGUAUUUCCUGAUGCAGCAGAGCUCCAAGCUGGGCAACCCGACGGGCCCAAUCAUCACUGAACUUUUUGGUUACCUGCCUAUGGUUACGUUGACUGUGGCCAUUGCCGGCAAGCAAAUCCAAUAUGCCCUGCACCUUGAAGCUCAGGGAGAUCUGGUGGUCGAGCAUGUGCCUCUGUUGGCCACAUACGCCAUCUACUCCGCCAGCGAGCAUAUCGCUAAGGCUAUUCUAUCCUCUGCCAUUGGUUUCACGGUUCUAUUUACCCGUGCUGGCCUGCAAUUUAUUAUUGCGGCUCUUUACGCAGCUGUUAUCCCGUCCAAGAUGCUUCUUCUGGCCAUCCCGUCAGUUCUUUUCUCAUUGUCUUCGGAUGUUCACCUGGGUGGAAUCAGCGGCGUCAACAAUGCCAUCCGCCACGAGGGAUAUAAGCUCCUCGAGCGUCAAGAAUCAUACACUGGAUACAUCUCCGUCCUGGAGAACCAGAACGAUGGCUUCCGUGUCAUGCGUUGCGACCACAGUCUCCUCGGAGGUCAAUGGACUAAGUCCGUCUCUGGAUACAACCCCGAAGUCGAGGACCCUAUCUAUGCCGUCUUUGCCAUGCUCGAGGCCGUUCGUCUAGUUGAGCCUGAUCACGGUACCCCUCGUGUAGAUGCUAACAGCAAGGCACUUGUUAUUGGUCUUGGAAUUGGUACCACCCCGGCUGCUUUGAUGAAGCAUGGCAUCGAUACUACUAUCGUGGAACUUGACCCUGUCGUCCACAAGUUCGCCAGCAAAUACUUCAACCUCCAAGACAAGCACAAUGUAGCCAUCGAGGACGCAACCAAGUUCGUCGCGCGCCAGCAAAAGACGAUUCCUCACCCCCAGUAUGACUACAUCGUUCACGACGUCUUCACCGGCGGUGCCGAGCCCGCGGAACUCUUCACCAUCCAGUUCUUGGAGAACCUCAAGUCCCUUCUCAAGGAAGACGGCGCUAUUGCUAUCAAUUACGCCGGCGAUCUCAACCUCUACCCAACCGGCCUCGUUGUCCGCACUAUCCUUGCUGCCUUCCCCUCCUGCCGCAUCUUCCGCGAGCAUCCAGCCGAACGUGAUAGCGAAAACCCCGACUUCACCAACAUGGUCCUCUUCUGCAAGAAAAGCUCCAAGACCCCUGUCGAAUUCCGCGAUGCCGUGCCCGCAGACUUCCUGCGCAGCCGCUCACGCGAGAGCUACCUUGUUCCGACGCACGAGAUGAGCCCUGCUCUAUUCUCUACUAUUCCCAAGGAUGGGAAAUCGAUUCUCCUUGAUGAUGAGGUUGGGAGAUUGUAUAAGUAUCAGGACCGUGGUGCGCUGGAGCAUUGGGCGAUUAUGCGGAAGGUGAUGCCUGAUUCUGUGUGGGAGAACUGGUGA